AUAGGGGUUUUAUUAGGCCUAAGUAAAAGCUGGUAAAGUCAUUUGAUAUUGAAUGUGAGGGAAGUGCAAAGUAUCACCAUAAAUAUAAACUUUUCACAGAUCACUUGAAAACUAUCACUGUGCCAAGUAGCCUGGGUUUAGAGAAAUCAAGUCACUUCUUCCACUUCUGAGCUGGGAGAAGUUACAGGAAACUGUCAGUUUAAAUAAUACCUUCAGAUGGUUAUUUAGUGCAAAUUUUCAGUACUAGAUGACAAACUGUGGUUUUUUUUUCUCCUAUGCUUCACUUUGUCUUGUAGACGUUCUUUCUUGAAUGCGCCCUUUCUAUCUUUUUAUACUUGGAGGAGCUUCUUUCCUUUCUCUCUUCUCCGUUUCCAGCUGCAAAUUCUUUACUCUUUCUGUCACCCCCUCAUGCUUCCACGUUACUUUGAUGGGGCUGCAGUAUAUCUGCGUUUUCCUAAUGUGGCUGUCAGGAGUUCUUUGAAGAAUGUGUGGGUUUUUCGGGACUCCGUGUGGAUGAGUUACCAAAUAUGAGUGAACUUCUGGAAUUUUUAUGCAUACAUUUUUGUCUGAUACAUAUUACUUUCACCAGUAGGUGGCUUUCUGUCCGUUUGUUUGCAUUGUUAGUAUCUCAAAUCCCAUCAUGGAAAACACUCAAAUUGAGGUGGCCUCAAAGUAGAAAGACUGAGGCAUGCUUAUAGUGUUUUGAUCUCAAGCUAUCUGAACAGAGAAAGAUUCAGUUUGCCAAAAGCACAGUGAAUAGUGAGAAGAUUGGAACGUUCAAAUUAUGGACUCAUUAAUUGUCCGUCCUCAAUAGCAAAAUAAUCUUAUCUAACAAAUUAAAAUGCCUGUGCAUAGAGAUAUACUGCACAUAGUUAGCUUCCACCACACUGCCCUCCUCAAAAGACUCCCAUUUUUUCUUUUUAAAAAAAAAAAAUCCAUAGUGUGUUAGCUAUGUGCCUACCAAAAGGCUCAGAAAUCAUAAGGCAAUAAGUACCUUAUAGGCAUAACGUGGUAAUAGAGGUCGAUGAAUUUCUGGAUGCAGGUGAAGUCUGAAUUAAAGAAAGAAUCAAUAAUAUGUGGAUCUGUGAUUUGGUUCUCAGUUCAAAGCCUGCAGCUUGGCUGCACCCAAGCCCUCCAGGCCACAGCUAUAAGAGGAGGAUGUAAAACAAUCCGUUUACCCCUUUGAUUUGGGGUUGGCAGCUCACUCAGGCUAUUGCAGAGACACAUGACUCUGAAUGGUGCUGUCUAUCUGCUACUGCCGGACCUGGGGAUUGCCCAGUGUUCACAGUAGCUGUUUCUGUGGCCAUACCAUUGAGUGAUAGACCUACCUUUCCAGUAGCUUAGGGAGGCUGCUUUAUCUCUGUGUGCCCACUACUUCUCUGGUAUUGUUUGGAUCCAUUGUGUAUGAGCAGGUUUGUACUGGGAGGCGGGUGAGCAGCUAGCCUAACUAACCCAAGAAUUGUGUUAAGAAUCUCAACUGGACCUUUCCUGACCUUUGUGGGAAGGGACUCAGAUCGAGGAUGGAUACCAGUAAUGUAAAUCAGUCCAUGAUUUUCUGCGGAGUUCAUCAUCCUACUGUUAUGAGUUCAUGUUCUUUGUGCAAUUGAGCUGCUCUGUAAGGCUUGCCAGCAGUUCAUAUGCUGUGUGGAUAGUGUCCUGGAGCAUUAGCAUAUUGACAUUUCGAUAUGUCUGUGUUCCUGAGAACUUUUGACUUCAGUCCAUGUCAGUUGGGGUAAGCCUGAGCUUCUGACCUGCCACAGAUAAGGAGCUACUCCUUGCUGACGCCUCUUGGGCUUUUUAUCUGAGUUUUUAUUCCCCCUCACCCCAUUUCUAUUGGUUUAAGGUUCCUGGAACGUUCUUAUAGAAGAGAAAUACUGAUGCACUUGUGCUUAAUGUACUCUCUAGUGCACAAUGCCUUCUAAAUACCGCAAUUUCCGAAACAGUGUGCCUUGGCUAAUCUUUUUUUUGGAAGUUGUUUUUAUCAUCCUCUUUUACUUUUUGUUCUCAGAUGGUGAUACAUCCGGAUCAAAAAUCUCCUACCCAGCCUUUCAAGAUGUCAACCAAAUGAUGAUUUUUGGACUUGGCUUUUUCCUGGCGUUCCUGAAAAGAUAUGGAUUUAGCAGCGUUGGAUUCAAUCUCCUGAUCAUUGUACUUGGUGUCCAGUGGUCUGUGCUGACAGAAGCCGUGUUCCAAAGCACAAAGGAAGAUGAUCUGACAAGCAUAACAAAGGCUGCUGUGAGUAUGACUGCUGUGGUCAUCUCCUCUUCAGCUGUUCUUGGGAAAGCUAAUCCUAUCCAACUGAUUGUGAUGACAGUUGUGGAAAUAACAGCUUUCCGUUUGAGCAGAUGGAUCAACACGACGUUCCUGAAGGUUGGAGACAGUGCCAGUAUGAUGCAUGUUCACCUGUUCGGAGCCUUCUUUGGUCUGGCAGUCUCCUUGUGCUUCUCGAAGCCUUCACCAAACUCUGAGAAGGAAGCGAGUACCCAGAAGUCGGAUUUAUUGUCAAUAUUGGGCACUCUCUUUCUAUGGGUGUUCUGGCCAAGCUUCAAUUCUGUACUAGCUGUGGAGAAGAAGAAUACUAUAAUCUACAACACCUACUUUGCACUUGCAGUAAGUGCUGUAACUGCCUUCGCCUUGUCUGUUCUGACCACGAAAGAUGGAAAACUCAGAAUGACCGAUAUCUGCAAUGCAACGCUAGCCGGUGGGGUUGCUGUUGGCUAUACAGCACACAGCAUUCCGUAUCCUUGGAUUGCAAUGAUUUUGGGUCUGCUUGCCAGUGUGAUCACCAUAUUGGGAUCUCACCGUUUACAGAGAUGUUUGAAUCCUGUUCCCAAGGUUCACGAUGGAGUUUAUUACACUUUUGGCUUGCCUGGUGUGCUGGGAGCUCUUGCCCAUGUCAUUCUCCUUGUAAUAAAAAGCUGGACUGAUUUACCAAGCCAGGCAUAUCUGAUCAUGAUUGACUUUAGCACCUUCUGCCUGACCAUCAGUGUGGCCUUGAUGUCAGGUUUUAUUACAGGUCCCAUUUUAAAUCUCAACUUGUUGAAGACCGUCCCUGUAUCGAAGUACUAUGAAGACCAGUUUUACUGGGAGUUUCCUCAUUUGGCUGUUGGAUUUUGAAUGAAGGAACCCAAAUUACAGAUUUGCCUAAGAGUUUCCUGUUUGUCACUAUAGAAAAUGAGUAACUAUGAUGGGGUGAAAAAGCACUUCUGUAUCAGUUCUCAGGUUCAAAAAAGACAUCCCAAUGGAUGCGCAAAAAUAGUAAUCAGCUGUCUUAGUUACUAUUAAAAGACACUGAGUGUAAAUUUACAGAUGCAAACUUAUAAUGCAUUCCACUUUUCUGCUUCGAUGGUCUAGCCCUGAAUAUUUUCUUUUGUAGGAUGCGUACAAGCAAGUUGGCUGCAUUCACUUCCAUAAUGGCUUGACAAUCAAAAUGCUUUUGAACUGUAAAGAAGAAAACUGUAUUUAGCUUCCAAGUUUAACAGCCAAAAUAUGUAUUUUAAAGUACAGUUCUCCAGGGUGUAUGUACUGGUUCUGAUCUAGUUAAGCAUUAAACCACUUGGUUUUAAGCUAAAUUAAUUCCACUGAAGGCCACGUUAAGCAUGGACUUGACAAGUGAGCUGGAUCAGGGCCGGAACUCUGCAUCUCACCUGACUGAACUCCUGAGUUUUCUAAGUGGUUAGGGAAAAUCUAUAAGUAGUUGGCUAAGGCUACCUGUUUGAAAAUUCAAAUGGCAAGAAGUUAGUGUUCUGCUUGUAGGUGGUGCCCCUGAAAUCAGCGGCAGCACUGGUAUGUGAGAUUCAGUAGCAAAGGUAAGAACAGUCUCUUUAAUUAAAGAGUGGUGGCAGGCUGCACUGCCCCAUGAUCAGCUUUCCGAAAGGCUCUGGCCUGCUGUAGGUGUAUGGAUAGGGACAACAGUCAUCUCUCCAGACUGGAGAGACUGAGGGAGCGGUCCUUACUCAAGUAAUCCUAUUGACUUAAAUGGAGCUAGUCACGUGAUGACAGAUUUCAGUGGAUUGUGCCCAAUUUUGUGUAAUAGGAACCAGUGUUAAGACCCAAUUUCGGAAGUAUGUUAUGCUGCGUUAUUUUGAAAUUUCUUUUAGUAUUUUAAUGAAGUGCUUUGUUUUUUAAACAUUUUAAGGACCAACGUAUAACAUUUCUAUACCGUAGAUUUUCAUUUAAAAAUUUGGUAAUAGAGCAUAGGCUUCUAUUCUGAUAGUGGGAGAAUGGUCAACUUGGGAAAAAGUUAUCUCAAAAAGCAUCUAUUUAACGCUGCCAGUGAGAUGAUAUUAAAGGUCUUGGCUUUGAUUUAAAUGAAACACAGCAGAUAUCUGCUUGUAGAGAACUCAGACUGGGACAAGCAUGGGUCUUUGGUGCAUUAGUUAAGGCCUGUUCUUGCAGAGGAUUCUGUGCAACUGAACCCUUGUUUUUAAGUGGAACUCCCUGUAGGACUGUGGUUCUCGGUGCUUCUUUUCAAAACAGCUGACACAAAAAUGUUGUCAAAAUGCUUACGUAAUAAAAAAGUCAAGAUUCGAUUGUUUUUAUUUAUUGAGCACACUUGCUUAAAAAUGAAGUUAUGAGAAACAUGUAAUACUGACGAUAAAGGAUAAAUACUUUGAUGCUCGCUACAGUAAUGCAUGCUGACCUCAGUUCAUUGGGGAUUAAGAAAAGGAGAUGGUUGCUUGCAACCCUUCUCACACUUCCAUUAACUGUAAUGAAGAGUUUCUUGCCAAGGAGAUGCCAUAGUUCCAUUAUGUCAACAGCUGAUACCGUGACAUUGAGCCUGUAUACACAUUUGUAUGUUUGCAUUAUCUCACACCUAACAUGCUACUAACGUUGUAAUGUUCAAAUCCAGGUUCAAAUGGUGUACUUCAGUUUCUUGCUUUCUAGUAACCAAAUGAACACAACUUCUGUAACACAAAUUGCUUCUGAUGACUUCUAGCAGUGGUGCUGCUUUUAAGGAAUAGUAUUUUAUUCCUUCUCUUUCCCCCACUCUGUCGCAUCUCUUUUGUCAGCACUUUCUUAAGCAACUAGCCCCCUCAAUACACAUAUAGGAAGAGGUAGAUAACAUAUGCACUUGAACUGUGAGAUACAGGAAGAGCUGCAGGAUCAAAAUUCUCCCUGAUCAUGACUGUCCCUGCUCUAGCUAUCAUCUGAAGGAGCAUCAGUCCCUUGUUUUGCAGGGGUUAAAACAGAGUUUAGAACAAAUUUUGUGAAGGGGCUACUUCCAUCUAGCGCAGGUACGUAAUUCGUAUUUGUGCCUCUACAACAUCAUCCACAGCAACAGAAAGUUGAACUGUCCAGAGACUUCCGCAAUAUCACCACAGGCCAAAGAAAAUAUUCAAGGGGAAAAAGCAGCAUAAUUCCAUGUUAUGCAAGAAAAGCCACACACAGGUAAAUUUUGAAAUUGAAGUGUUUAGUGUCCAGAUAUAGGAAAUAUUUAAUAAAUAAAUGUUAAAAAGUUGUUUUAAAGUAUUUUUAGUAACAGUUUGGGAUUGCAAAUAACAUCAUAGAAAUAGCUGGUUAAAUACAACCUUUCUCUACUGUACUACUUACUUGUAGCAAACUUCAUAAUCAUAAAAGUGACUUCCAUUGUUACUUGUAUCAAUUUUACAUUUGUCAAAAACAUUACAACAUUUAAAUCAACAUACAAGAGUAAAAAAAAAAGUAUUUUAAACAGAAUAGAAGCAGAAUUGUUAGCACUGUGAUUUAAAUUUUCCUGUUUUUAUCUUUAGACACAAUUGAAGGUUACUGUUUACAAAACAAGUUUUACAAAAUUUUGGGCGUGUGCAGUUAAAAAAAUGACAGGGCCAAUGCGCUUCCACAGCUGUGUUCACUGCCACAAAUCUUCCGUGCGACCAAAUUUGAAGACCAGUCCUC